AUGACCUCUUUUACAGAAAAUGAACACGAAACUUUCGCUUCAAUUUACACUUGGCCCUGUGAAUGGCCUGAAGUGGUCGUACGCGACUCCAUCGUUGCCGCGGAGUUAGGCACGCAGGUCAAUCCUAUAGUUGACGAGGGUUGGUGCCGCAAUGAGCCAGACCAACUUGGUUCCGAUGCCGACACCGAGAUCGUGGCUACACCGGAAUUUUGGGGGACGUUGACCGGUGCACACGUUGCAGUUCCGGUGAAGGGUGAUGCAGCUAUCGAUUCCUCUGUCCGUGUGCCAAUCAGAUCGCUAGUCUGUGAGGAUCCAGAAGGCCGUCAGCGAUUCGAGCAGUCAACUCCCAACGGUUUUCAGUCAAACCUCAAAGCAUUGAAAGUCACCAAGAAUUCAGUCGACACGUCGCGAAAAUACCCCUGUUCUGGGGCUGUAAGGAGGGAGAGCGUUGCGAGUGACCACGAAGGAAGCGAGCAAAGCACGGAGAAAGGCAAACCUCCCAAGACCGAGGAACCCGAGAAGGCUCGCAUCUUGCCAGAUACUUCUUCGAUGACCCGCAGCGUUGUUCCACAAGAAACAUCAAUUCAAACCGAUACUUCCUUUAGGAAAGACCUCGCAUGGGGCUCCUAUGAUAUGGAAUCUACAAAACGCAGAUUCUCCCCUGAAACGGCGGAUCAUAUCUACCGAAUCGAGUGCUCAGGAAAAACAGCCUCGACUUGGGGUUCUUCCGUAUCUACUGCCAUCGGCGAUGAACUAGCGGCGAUCCAUGAUCAUAUAGAUCAUCGUCGCAAUGCCGAUUGUCUACUAGCUAAAGCAUUUUUUGAUGGAGUUCAGUCCCCUCAAAACACGCUGCCAAGCAACUCGAAUAGGUCCAAACAGCUACAAGGACGAAGCGAGGAAGGCCGUGCGACCAUGCGAUACCAUGUCCCAGAAUUCCAAAAGGGGGAUACAUGGCCAACAGAAUUUUUAGUCAACCGAGUGGUCAUCCGAAAAGCCUUGUUUUCGUCUGAUAUACCUUGCAGCCUAGAGAUUGGCAAGCAAGACGAUAUCCUCUUCGGACGAGGUGCUAUGGUCGUCCUUUCGGAAAGAGAAGACCCAAAAUUCUUCCUCACCUUCUCCCCUAAGGUUCUCCAGGAUGAUCACGGUACUAAUGUCCGUGCAUCUCGAAAACGGUCAGAUGGGAUUGUGAUAUUUGAAUCGGUUUUGCCAGAAUGGAAAAAGGGAGCCAAUUGGCGACACGACUUCACCGGCCGAAUUUCUAUUGAACUUUAUAAAAGAUGGCCUCCUUUAGCCUCAGAUUAUGAGGAACGAGGAGACCACUUUGGAAGUAUUGUUCUAAGCAUCCACUCGGGUGGGGUAGACCCAAAAUGCUUCCUCAGCUUCUCUUCCGGGGUGUCUUUAGCCGAUCGCAAACCUCAUUCGCUGGAACUUGGUAACGGCGUACGCGAACCUUCGAUGAAUAGCGACACUAUUUCUCAGGAGACAGUAGAUCAAGCUAGUACUUCUGUUGGGAAGAACCUACCGCGCAGCUUCUAUGCGAGAUCCGUGAAACGCAAACCAUCACACGAUGGGAUACUAUCUGAAAUCAGACGAUCGGAGCGACUGGCCAAAAGAGCUCGAACUUGA